CCUUGUUGUGACACGUGACCUCGCCAUUUUCACAAAUAUAAAUAAAAAAUCAAGUUCAUUCUAAAGUCCAUUGAUAUCAAAUUCAAAAAUUAGUUACUCAGUUAUUUAAGAAAGUCAUUGUCCAAAGACCAAUAGCAAUGGGAAAUAGAGCUUCUCUAUUGUUACGAGAAGAAGAAAUUGCUCAAAUUCAACAAGAAACAGGAUUUACUCCUAAUCAAAUUGAACGUCUCUAUUCUCGUUUCACUGCUCUGGAUCGUAACGAUUGCGGUACAUUGUCCAGAGAUGAUUUUUUACGGAUUCCAGAAUUGGCUAUUAAUCCUUUAGGCGAAAGAAUAGUGAAUUCCUUUUUUCAAGGAGAUGAAUUCACAGACAGGGUCAACUUUAGGCAAUUCAUGCAAGUGCUGGCCCAUUUUAGGCCAGUCAAAAAAAAUAAGGACAAUAAAUACAAUUCCAGAGAGGAAAAACUGAAAUUUGCUUUUAAGCUUUAUGAUCUUGAUAAUGAUGACUUGAUUUCCAAAGAUGAACUACUAGCUAUUUUACACAUGAUGGUAGGCACUAAUAUCAGCGAGGAGCAACUUGUAAGCAUUGCAGAAAGGACCAUAUUAGAGGCAGAUGAGGAUAAUGAUCAAAUGAUUUCGUUUGAGGAAUUUUCCAAGGCCUUGCAAAGGACUGAUGUUGAACAGAAAAUGAGUAUUAGGUUUCUAAAUUAAAUUUUAUAAGUAGAAUAUAAUGGAUUAAUUUAUAUAAAUAUAGCAACAAAAAAAAAUAAAAACCUUACAAAGAACAAAAUAAUUAUUUAAUAUUUAGCAAUACAAUUUUAUGCCUAUAAAACUAAAAUUAUGCUGUAGAUGAGACUGCAAGUUUUUUCAAGUGGUCCAUGAAAACUUGUAGCGAGACGUCGUCUGUUAGAACAGGAGCACCAGCAUCCUAAAGAAAAAAUACAAUAUAAAAACUGUAAAUAAGCAAAACAAAUAAAAUGAUAUUAUUUUAUCCAACACCCAAUUGGUUAAAACCCACAAAUCCACCUAUCUAUAUUAAAAACAAAAUGAUUACCCCAGUUUGACCAGUCAUGAUGGCCUAUACAGUGCGACAACAUAAAACAAAAAAAAAAAAAAACACACAUAAAAAAACUCAAUAUUUAAACAUAAAAAUAAAUACUUACGCCUCCGUAAGAAUACAUAUUAUUAUGUGUUUGACUUGGAUUAACUUUAGAUAGUAAAAAUCUAGCUUGAGACCCUCCCUGUUCAGUAUCUAUGUAUCUUGGCAUGGGAAAACGUGUUUGUAGAAUUUCUUGGGCGUCAUCUACUGGGGCUUGCAGCAAUUGACGGAAAUUUUCGUAUUCGGGCAUGUCUUGGUAUUUUAGACUUCUCCAUUGGGCA